UUUAUUUAAUUGUUAAACAAUCAAUCAACAAGAAUAGUUCUUAGUUAUUUAAAAUGGUGAUUCAUUAACCUUUGGUUGUUUAUCUCUUGGUAUUUGUUAUUAUAUUCUUUCAAUAUUUGUUCAUCAUCUCAUUCGGAAUCACAAUCAUCUUUAAACCCUUAGGCUUAUCCAAUAGAUUAUUGUAAAGAAAAAUCAUGAAAUUGGUUAAUUUAUUUCUACCAACUAAUUGUCUCCAUAUUGUUGGAUUACUUUUAGCUUUAUUCUCUACUCAAUCAUUGUGUUUACCGAGCCCAUUCUCGGAUUCAUUGUCGUCUUCAAAUGAUGACUCAUUUAACCGGACAUCCUCUCAUAAAUAUCCAAUCAUUAAGAGAUCUCCAAGAUCACCCUCAUCACCAUCAUCAUCAUCGUCAUCUUUAGCCUCUAAUUCAAAUCAAACAAAUUCUCAAGAUCGUUUACCAGUAUCAUUUGGAUUAUUUGUUACAACAGCAAAUUCAUCAGCUAUUUCAUAUUGUAUGGCUCAUUUUAAUUAUUGGACAAUUUCUAGUAAACCAGAUAACUUUUACAGUCUCGUCAGGGUGGACAAUAUCAAUUUCUGUUCAGCAUCAGCCAGUAAACCUCCGUUUGUCCGUGAUGACCCCGGUUCAUACAUAUUAAUCAACUACAAUACCAAGUGCCCUUUAGCUGAACAAGCAUUCAACGUUGCAUCAUUUUUUCCCAGAAGCAAAGGUUUGAUUAUCUCUCUGCCCAAUGAUGUCAAUGUUUACAAUUUGUAUGUCCAAAGAAAUGUCACCGAUCCGAAAUUUAUCAUCGCUACGAUUGGGGAAGAUUCGACUGCUGAAAUCUUAUCAAGAUACGGAGAUCAAAUUAAAGCCAUGGUUUAUGCGCCAUCCGAUGAUAUCGCCGAUGAUAGAGGAAUCUUUGAUUCCAGUUUGAUGGGUAUUUGGUUUAUUGCUGUUUUUACUGUUGCUAUUGGUGGAUUUUCAUCUGGAAUCCUCAGAUAUGGACUAUUUUUGAAUCGUCAAUUGCAUGAUGGGGAACUAGAAUUGGCACAAGCUAUUGGAGAAGGCGAAGAUGAUGAGCAAAGAAAAAAAGCUAAACUAGAUGAUUCGAGUUUAGAUGUUACCCCGACAACUGUUGUCUUUUUCGUAAUCUACAUGUGUGUAGUCCUGUUGAUUCUGUAUUUCUUUUAUUCGUACCUUGUCUUCAUGAUGAUUAUCUUCUUCGUCGUUUUCUGCACCAUUUCAAUCUACUCGCUCAUCACUGGCCUAACUGUUAAUUAUGUUGCUCCUCGUUUGGUUGGCAAAUGGGCUUUAUAUGGUUGGCGUAUUGGUGUUACUUUGGUUUCGUUGAUUGCUCCAGUUGUUUGGUAUUCCAUCCGUAAAACAAAUCAAGCUUGGAGUUUACAAAACGCAUUGGCCAUGAUAUUUUGUAUUCACGUUUUGCAAAUGCUUAGAUUUCCUAAUUUCCGAAUUACCAGCCUCUUACUAUCUCUUCUUUUUGUCUAUGACAUUUUCUUUGUUUUCCUUACCCCUUUCUUGACGAGCGAUGGUGAAUCCAUCAUGGUUAAAGUUGCCACUGGUGGAACAAGUUCUGAACCAUCUUACUCUUUUGGAUCGAAAACAGUUAGCGAAUCUCUACCUGUUGUAUUUCAAUGGCCUCGUUCAAUGACAUCAUCUCUUCUCACCGAUAAAUGUUACCAAGGUCGAGUCUUCUGGACAUCGAAAUUGGGUUUUGGUGAUGUUUUAGUUCCUGGUUUCUUGGUAUCCUAUUGUCAUGCCUUAGAUUUAUUCCAAAAAACACCUUAUCGAUUGUACUUUGUAGUUGAAUGUAUCUUUUAUGGAAUUGGGCUUAUUAUCACAUUCGUUGCUCUUCAUUUGAUGAAGCAAGCUCAACCCGCUCUCCUCUACCUUGUACCUUGUACACUGAUCCCUCCACUGGUGAUCGCCUGGUUCCGCAAUGAAAUACAUAUCCUUUGGUAUGGACCUGAACCUGCUGCUAUUGAGGCUCUCAAAAGACAACAACAAUCCCAGGGAAAUGACGGAGAAACGAGACCUGCUCUUAACAGUGUAUCAACUGACCCAAGUGAACCUUCACAACCAAAUAAUCCAAAAGAAUCUCUUGUCAAUGACCAAUCAGCUGAUACAUCGAAUCAGCAAAAUAUUCAACGUUCUUAAAGCAAACAAUUUCGUAUAAAAUACUUGUUAACCAACCAAUCAUCCCGGUGAUUCUAUUUAUACAUUUUCUCUAUCAAAAGCGUUUCAACUCUCCAAUUUUCACAGAUAAAAGUUGAAACAUUUUCAAGGCAAAAGCUUUUCCAAAACUUGGAGCUUGAUAAAAUCUACUCUUACUCUUAAUUCAAAAAUAAUCAUUCCAGCGAUAAGAUUAUUGAUUAAAGCGAUCUACCCAUCUAAUAAUUUCAGCAAAACUUUCAUCGCAAGUGGAUUAAUUUGGUUUAAAUAUCAAGUGCCUUUUACAAUUGAAAAUCUAAACAAUUGUCAACUGACAAGCUAUUUGCAAUCUCCUUUGCAAUACUUCAUUUCGGAUCUCUUUGCAUCUCUAUCAUCGCAAAUUCAUUUGAACGAUAAUCUGUUGAUCAAGUGCCUGUUCAUCCUCUCAAACAUCAAAUUAAAAGAAACAAGCAAAUGGUGUAACAUAGAUAAUCCAAAAUCCGAAUGAAAAAUUUUUAAUACAAAAGUAUUAACCUUUUUUCCAAAUCAAUUAGAAUAGAUAAUCUUCAUGUUCUCAUCUUUAUCAUCAAUGUGCUGUAUAAAACUUUAUCCAAAUAGCAUUUGAUUUUUCCUCAUUAAAAGUUAAAUCAGUUGCUGAUUAUCUGUGAA